AUGAGCGUCCGGACGCCACCCGGACUCCUGGAACUGGCGGGGAAGAGCCUGCUAAGGGACGAGGCCCUGGUCAUCGCAUCUCUGGAGUAUCUGCCCACUGAGCUCUUCCCGCCGCUGUUCAUGGAGGCGUUCUGCGGGAGACACAGCGAGUCCCUGAAGGCCAUGGGGCUCGCCUGGCCCUUUGCCCGCCUCCCUCUGGGGGGCCUGAUGCAAAUGCCUCAGCACAAGGCCUUACAAGCUAUAUUGGAUGGGCUUGACAUCCUGCUCGCCCAGAAGGUUCGCCCCAGGAGGUGGAAACUGAAGGUGCUGGAUUUACGGAACACUGGUCAGAACUUCUGGAGCAUGUGGUCUGGAGCCAGGGCCCAGGAGCCCUCACUGAUGGGACCGGUGGCUGAGGCCAGGUCCAGGAUGAGGAAGCGCUUGGGCCCCUUGGAGGUAUUCAUAGACCUUAGCUUCAGUGAUAGGAUCCAGGAUCAGUUCUUCACCUACCUCAUCUGGUGGGCCAAGCAGAGAGAAGGGUCCCUCCACCUGUGCUGUAAGACCCUGAAGAUUUUUGCAGUGCCCAUCAAGAAGAUUAAGAAGGCCCUGGCUAUGGUGCAGCUGGACUGUAUCCAGGUGGUGGAAGUGAACUGCACCUGGAAUCUGUCCACCCUGGGGAUGUUUGCUCCUUACCUGGGUCAGAUGAGUAACGUGCACACGCUGUUUCUCUCCCACAUCCACAUGCAGGCCUCCGAAGAGGAGGAAAAGGAGAGGCAUGUCUCCCAAUUCACCUCUCAGUUCCUUAGGCUGCACCACCUCCGGAGGCUCUAUAUGGAAUCUCCCUCCUUCCUUGAAGGCCGGCUGGACCAGAUGCUCAGCUGCCUGCAGACGCCCUUGGGGACCCUCUCAAUAACUAAUUGCCUGCUUACUGAAUCAGACUUGAAGCAUCUGUCUCAGUCCCCAAACCUCAGUCAGCUGAAGGACCUGGAUCUGAGUGGUGUCACCCUGACCGAUUUCAGUCCCAAGCCUCUUCAAGCUCUACUAGAGAAAGUUGCAGCCACCCUGCAGGACCUGGACUUAAUUUAUUGUGGGAUCGUGGACUCCCACGUCGAGGCCAUCCUGCCUGUCCUGAGCCGCUGCUGCCAGCUCAGGACCUUUAGCAUCUCUGGGAACCCCCUCUCCAAGGCCAUGGUGGAGAAGCUGCUACGUCACACGGCCGGGCUGCGCAGUUUAAGCCUAGAGCUGUACCCUGCCCCUCUGGAGAGUUACGGCUCCGAGGGGGCUCUUGAGAUGGGGAGAUUUGUCCAGAUUCGGGGGGAGCUGAUAGAGAUCCUGAGGGACUUAGGACAGCCCAGGACUAUCUGGCUUAGCACCAGCCCCUGUCCUCACCUUGGCAACAAGACGUUCUAUGACAUGGAGCCCAUUCUAUGCCCUUGCGAUAGCCCUGCUUAG